AUGGAAAAAGGCAUCAUUGUUACUGAGGAAACUACUAGUGAGGAUAAGAAAGCAUAUAAGAAAAUUCCUCUUAUCUGUCAGCAAGAAAAAAUAGAAUCCAUCAUUUUAUCUCUUAUUUUACUUGCCCACCCCGGCAACACCAACUCAUCAGGUGGCCAUAAUUGUAGCAGCAAAUCAAUAAGUAAAGGUCUCUGCAUAGGAUACCACUACCAUAAUAAAAAACAACCAAUCAAUAAAACCAAUUCAAACAAAUACAAUCGCAAGGAAUUUGGCGGUUGGAUUGACGAAGACGGUGAUUGUCAAAACACGAGACACGAAGAACUAAUCGAGCAUAGCAAAGUACCGGUCAAGUUCAAAACAUACAAGCAAUGUAAAGUAGUCAGUGGUGAGUGGUAUGACCCUUAUACAGAUACGGCCUAUUACAAUGCGAGUGAAGUGGAUAUUGACCACAUCAUACCACUAAAAGAAGCAUGGCUAAGUGGUGCUAAAAACUGGACUAGAAAACAAAAAAGAGUGUUUGCUAACGACCCCGACAACCUAAUCCCUGUAGGGAAAUCUAUCAACCGUAAGAAAGGAGCAAAAGACCCCUCCCAGUGGUUACCUCCGAAUAAAGAUUAUAUUUGUGAGUAUAUUGAGCAGUGGGGAAGCAUCAAAAAUGAGUAUCAUCUCAUACAAGAUACAAGAGAACAAAAGAGAAUAGAAGAAUUAAAAUGCUAA